UUACUGUUACUACCGAUUUCCUCAGUAUUAUGACGUACGUAAGAUUGCUCUAACUUUUAAGUCUAUGCAUUAUGAGCACGUUAACGUAUUUCAUCUCUACUUCACAGUCCCAAAACUUAAAGUGUAAACUUUCGAAAAGUGUGGCAAAGUAACACAAGGCUUGUACCCCGGUAGCCUGUAUGACCCGAGAACUUUUCCGCAUAGUCAAUCCUCUUAUACUACAUCUCGUCUUCAAUCCAUGUCCCAGAUUAUUCCAGAUUAUUUUAUGACAUUAUACCAAUAACACGAACUGGUAGACUACAACACCCACGACAAAAGUUAUAGUCCGCACAAAUCUGCCGAUGACUGAGAUCGACUCGGAUCGACUGCGCAUGACGUGAGCGUAAUACUCUCGCAUUUAACACAUUGUCUGACAGGAUACCGUUUCAGUCCCAGCACCGACGUUCCUCGACGCCACACACCUUUGAAUCAAAUGAAUUUGUCCACGGAAACUUCAACGAAUACUACACUGCUGUUGUCUCUGCCCAUCAGUCUGGACGUUCCAUGGACACUCCGCUCUUUCUCGCCAAUUCAACUGAGUUAUCGCUGCAUCAUCAUCAUUUUCGGAACGUUGCUCAAUUUUCUCGUGAUAGCCGUGGUUCGUUGCUCACGCCAGUUGCACUAUCCCCGUCACGUAUUUUGGGUCGGCAUUUCGAUAGUCAAUCAAUGUACUGUAAUUCAGUCCCUUGUGGAAUUGGUGGCCUUCGUGGACCGCAGCCGAGUGGCAUGUCAGAUCUACGUUCUCAACGCCGGUGUGUAUUACACGAUCUUUUUGACAUUUCUAGCCCUGGCGGCCCUGGAUCGCUACUUGGCCAUCACGCGCUACGAGUGGUACAAGAACAAAGUCACCAAUCGAAGUGUCAUUUAUCUUUUAUCCGCCGGAUGUUUCGUGACGUACACGACAAUUACCAGCCCGUUUUGGACCGGCUUUAAAAGCAUCAAAAAUUGUACAGUCAAUCUGACCCACGUUCACUCUGUCAUGAUUUACGAUCUCCUAUUGGGUUUCCUCUGCGUCAUAUUGCACAUCAAGAUUUUCCUCCGAUCACGGAAGGCCGCUCGUCUACAGCCCCGGCCAAAUGUAGCGGACGCUUCGAUCGCGCUCCAGUUUCAUUCAGCACCCGUUACAAAUGCAGUUCAAGUCGUUGAAAGCCGUUUGCAAGGAUCGGAAACUCUGGUUCACGCAUCAUCCAACAUUAUUCCAAAUGGACUUGACGAGAUGGCCGAACGGGAGCAGCAAAAUAACGAAACAGAUACUACGCAAUGUUUCGCCUGGUUACACAACCGCCCCAAAAUCAGCCGACUUGAAAUUCGCGCCGCUCUGAGUAUGUCGAUUAACGUUUUACCCGUUUGGCUUUGCACUUUCCCCGUCACGUUGAACGCCAUCGCCAUUUACUGGUGCUUUCGUCUGGAAAAGAACUGCCCGACACUAUUCCGAAUCAAUCCUUUCAUUUGCGACUUGUUCCUCAUUCAAAUUGUUUACAAUCCGCUCAUGUACAUGUACACCAGCAAAGAAUUCAAACGCGCGUUGGCUCAUUUAAAACAGAAAUGCAAAUGCAAUACACACUAAUCUAAUA